AUGGCGCUGCCCUGGGGUUUGGAGCUGGGACGUUCCCUGACCGCCUCCUCUUCAAACAGGAACACAAUUCUGGUCCUCAUGCCUUCUGGUGCACCAGUGGUGUCCACACUGGCUGGGAUUUUAGGCAGGGGGCGUUCUCAGGCCCCGCCUCCGAGACCCCCUCCAGCAACCCGCUGGGCGGUGCUGUGCCACCCUGCCCGUCGUUUCUGAGAUAUUUCUUGGAUGGCACCGGCUGCUCACAGCCCCUUGUGUCCCCGUUCUCUCUUUGAAGGAAGCGGUGAGCCCCUUGCGCCCGGUGCCUCCCCCCACCUGCCAAAGACGCGGCCGGAUCGCCAAGCACCCUGGUCUUCCCCGCCGGGGCAAGACUGCCCCCCACCCCCUCUGCCUCCGGGCGGGAGCUGCCGCCUCCUCCGCUGCUGCUGUUGCUGCUCCAGGAAGGGCCACUGCUGUGAACUGCCAAGCUCCAGCCGCUUCUCUGCAGCCCUGGACCCCAGGACCCGGGGUCUGGCUGGACAUCUCCUCCACCCUCCUGAUUCUCUGGAUCACCAGCAGGUCUCAGGCAAGCCUGGCUCCAGAGCUGCCCCACAAGGAAAGUUCUCCUGGCCCUCUGCCUACAGAUGAGUCCCGUCCUCGGAAAAGGAGCUGGCGAUUUUGAGCAGCCUGGGGAAACGGCCUUAGCACUUCUCCUCUUCCCCAGUCCAUGGUGCCUUGCCCACCCUUUCUCCCGACAGACUCCGACCGGACCCCUCGGAGGGGAGUCGGGGGGCAGAGAGACGCCCCCCCCUUUCCAUUUCGCAUCCCCUUCCUCCGUCCUGUCUGA